AUGUUAAUGGGUCACCACCCGAACAACACUCAGGACAGAAACUCGCAGCAGGGCUACAUCGCCAGCACUGGAAACUUCCAGGGUGGCUUCGUCGACCAAUGCGACAUCAACGGACAGCAGCAUGUCGUCAGAUCGAAUGGAACCGGCACAUACAAUGGUUACGUACAGCAAUUGUCUCCUGCCUUGUCAGGUUCCCGCUUCACUUCUUGGACCCAGACGAACCCUCAGUUCCCGUCGUUUGGCCAGGGCCACCCGCACUACCAGACCGCAAUUCCGUCGUUUCCAACACCAGGCUUGCCCCAACCUAGUCUCGAUGACCCCAAGAGAUCAUACUCCAUGGUUUUCAGUGACGGUGUUUUCUGGGGGCGUCGUCCAUCCUCUUUCUUGCAAUCACCGAUAAGUCAACAAAGCAACUAUUCGCCGGUGACAUAUCAGGCAGGCUUGGACGGUCAGAUCAUGAAAGAAGAACGCUCAGCCAAGCGUACCAGAGUACAUGAGGGAACACUCGGAACACCGCAGCACACCUCAUACAACUCGAUCAAUUCUACCAAUGUUCAGGAUACGGUGGGUGUCGAGAAGAACAGAGUUACCACGCCAUCUCUUGUCCGAGCUGUUAUUAAUGAAGCGACACCCGUUGUUCCCGAUGAGAUGCCUCCAGCUCACAAGGACACGGCACAAGCCUUCAUUGCCAAUCAGACCCUGCUCCAAACACCGGCUGCUCAGCACCGCUCGGCCCAGCAGACUAGCUUGGGGGUUCCCGAAACCUCUCAAGCCGUUGUAAGCAACGGUUUCAGCAACGUCGACAGUCCGCCCGCAGUCAAUCCACAGUCGGGUUACGAUUACGCACUCUUUGGUGACUGGGAAGUACCGCCUGGUGAAGACUGGGGCUCUUUUGAGUCUCUAUUGCAGGACGAUGGACCCUCCGAUCAGGAUUUGGCGUAG